GUCUUCCCUUUAAAAAUGAUGCAUGGUGGUAGAGCCCAUCCAGCUGAGUUGACUGAUUCGAUAGCUGUCACCCAUUCUCGAUUCCCAGGCUGUAGAAGAGGCGGACGACCCAAUGUCUCUGACCUAGUAACUACCCGUGUAGUAGAAAUUAGGCCCAUUGCAAACCCCGUUUCAUCCAUUAUAGAUAUCGUCUUCAAGAAUGCCAUAUUGUUGAAUAGUACUUUGGAAGAGGUUAAACCAUUCACUAAUAACCUCACACUUCUUUCUCAGUUCUGA